AUGGCCGCUUCGAUCUUCCUCUUUCCGUCGUGGUCUCCCAGCAGAACCACAGCUUCCUUCGUCUUCCCCAGCAGGCUCUCCCAUGGCUUCCCAGCCCCCCACCUCUCCGUCUCCCGCCCCUCGAGGUCCUUCUCGGCGAGCCCACUCAGAUUCUCCAUCAAGGAACGCGAAGAGGAAGCCCAGUCGCCUCCCGCAUCUCCUCCUUCGCCCUCCCCUACUGGUUUUGUCGCCGAGCAGGAGGGCACCGGAGAGGGCAGCGCGGAGGUUGACGUCGCCCAAAGGGGAGAAGACUCGAAGGAGCCGGCAGGGACUCCGCAGGAGGUGGACUGGAAGGCGGACGAUGAGUUCAGGAAGUUCAUGAGCAACCCCUCUAUUGAAGCCGCCGUCAAGCUCGAGAAGAAGAGGACCGAUCGGAAGCUCAAGGAGCUAGACCGGCAACCCGAGGGAAACCCCAUCUCUAGGCUUUUCAGGAACGCCGUACGGGGCCGCCUGGCGAUGGAGAAGGAGAGGCUGGAGAAGGCGGAGGAGGCUUUCAAGGCAUUGGAUCUCAACAAGGUCUCCGGAUUGGGGUCUCCCCCCCCUCCCCCUUUCUUUGUUGCGGGCUUCCUCCUGUGACGCAGAAACUGAGACAAAAUUGGGGUUUUUUUUGCUCUGGUUAUAGUUGAAAAGCUGCUUCGGAUAUGACACCUUCUUCGCUGUGGACGCCCGGAGAUUUGGCGACGGGGGUAUCUUCAUUGGGAACCUGAGAAAAUCCGUCGAAGAAGUCAUGCCCAAGUUGGAGAAGAAGCUCUCAGAGGCGGCUGGCAGGGAAGUGGUCGUCUGGUUCGUGGAGGAGAAGGAUGACGAUACAACCAAGCAGGUAUGCCACAGAGAAGGACAUGAUAGACUUAAUUCUGCAGAUUCAGUACUUCGACCCGUGUUCUGCGAUCAUCAGCUUGAAAUUUCUGACUAACUGGCGAAAAAACCUUCGAUUAAGGUCUGCGUGGUACAACCCAAAUCCGAGAUUGAUCUUCAGUUCGAGUCCACAAAUCUGAGUACCUUCUGGGGGUACCUUGGCGCUGUGCUGCUAUCUGUCACGACCUUCGGGACGAUCGCUUUGACGAGCGGCUUCUUCGUGAAGCCGGAUGCGUCGUUCGACGAUUACAUAGCCGAUGUCCUCCCGCUCUUCGGCGGUUUCUUGUCCAUAUUGGGCGUCUCCGAGGUAUGCAAGCUCUAAUUUACAUAAGAUUCCGGACGAUUUUAUCAUCGCAGUUCUUGAUGGGAAAUAUCGAUCAUCACACGACCAUCCGGUAAAGAAAGGUUUUUUUUUUUAAAGAAAAAAACCUUCUUUUUUGUGUGGAAAAAACUUGGUUCACGGAUAAUGGAUGAGGAACCAUUUGAUUUAUUACCAUCAGGUUUAUUUCAAUACCAGUAAAACAGUAAGGGAUUAUUAUUUAAACAGCCAGAUCUCCCUGUAGGUUGCAACGAGGAUCACAGCGGCCCGCCAUGGCGUCAAGCUCAGCCCUUCGUUCCUCGUCCCUUCCAAUUGGACGGGAUGCCUGGGGGUGAUGAACAACUACGAGUCUCUGCUUCCGACGAAGAAAGCCCUCUUUGAUAUCCCGGCCGCACGCGUCGCCAGUGCCUAUCUCACGUCGCUGGUGCUCGCUCUCGCGGCUUUCAUCUCCGACGGGAGCUUCAAUGGCGGAGACAACGCUCUGUGAGUGCUUCUUCCUCCCCCCGAACAAGAAGAGUAAGCAGGCAGGAGAAUCGAUGGCCGCGCUGCUCACUCUCUCGUUGAUCCGUCCCCCGCAGGUUCAUAAGGCCCCAGUUCUUCUUCAACAACCCUCUGUUCUCCUUCAUUCAGUUCGUGGUCGGGGCCUACGCCGACGACCUGGGGAACGUGCUGCCCAACGCCGUCGAGGGCGUCGGCGUGCCCGUCGAUCCCCUCGCCUUCGCCGGGCUUCUAGGUGAAACCCUGAUCGAUAUAUCCUCCUCUCACGGUCUUUACUUCUCGCUGAAUUCUCAGUGUACUCAAACAUCAGAUGGGGUUCUAGCAAUGGCUUUCUGAACACAUCAGAGGGUUGGGACUGCGCAGGGAUGGUGGUGACCUCGCUGAACUUGCUACCGUGCGGCCGGCUGGAGGGAGGUCGGAUAGCGCAGGCGCUCUUCGGGAGGAGCGUGGCGGGCGUGCUUUCCUUCGGGACGUCUCUCCUGCUCGGAGCCGGUGGGCUCAGCGGGAGCGUUCUCUGCCUGGCCUGGGGCCUGUUCGCCACAUUCUUCCGGGGAGGGGAGGAACUGCCGGCGAAGGACGAGAUCACCCCACUGGGAGACGAGCGCUACGCGUGGGGCUUCGUAUUGGCUCUCCUCUGCUUGCUCACCCUCUUCCCCAACGGCGGCGGCACCUUCUCCAGCCCCUUCCUCGACCAGCCCUUUUUCCGGGGAGGUGUUUGA